CCACAGUGCCCUAUAUCUGAGGGAAGCUCUGGCCCAGGGCAGCAGUGCUGGUUCAUGCUCCCCUCUUCAUGCUGCUUGCCUCCUCCAGCAUGAUGCUGGGGACUCUGGGCCUUUGGGUACUACUUCCCACAGCUGUGCAAGCACCCCCAAGCAGGCGGACCUGUGUGUUCUUUGAGGCCCCUGGAGUACGGGGAAGCACAAAGACACUGGGGAAGCUGCUAGAUGCAGGACCAGGGCCCCCCAGGGUUAUCCGCUGCCUCUACAGCCGCUGCUGUUUUGGGAUCUGGAACCUGACCCAAGACCAGGCACAGGUGGAGAUGCAAGGAUGCCGAGACAGUGAUGAGCCAGACUGUGAGUCCCCCCACUGUGACCUGAGCCCCCGAGCCCACCCCAGCCCCGGGUCCACUCUCUUCACCUGCUCCUGUGGCACUGACUUCUGCAAUGCCAAUUACAGCCAUCUGCCUCCUCCAGGGAACCCUGGGACCCCUGGCUCCCAGGGUCCCCAAGCUAUCCCAGGCGAGUCCAUCUGGAUGGCGCUGGUGCUGCUGGGGCUGCUCGUCCUGCUGCUGCUGCUGCUCGGCAGCAUCAUCUUGGCCCUGCGACAGCGGAAGGCCUGCAGCGUUCAAGGUGGGCCAGAGCCGGAGCCAGAGCCGGAGCAGGAGCCGGAGCCAGACUCAGGCGGGGACUGGAGUGCUGAGCUCCCCGAGCUGUCUGAGCUGUGUUUCUCCCAGGUAAUCUGGGAAGGAGGCCACACGGCCGUGUGGGCUGGGCAGCUGCGAGGCAGACUGGUGGCCAUCAAGGCCUUCUCCCUGAGGGCUGUGGCCCAGUUCCAAGCGGAGAGAGCGGUGUACGAACUGCCAGGCCUGCAGCACGACCACAUUGUCCGCUUUAUCACCGCCAGCAGAGGGGGCCCUGGCUCCCCGCCCUGUGGGCCCCUGCUGGUACUGGAACUGCAUCCGAAGGGCUCCCUGUGCCAGUACUUGACCCAGCACACCAGUGACUGGGGAAGUUCCAUGCGGAUGGCACUGUCCCUGGCGCAGGGCCUGGCAUUUCUCCAUGAGGAGCGCUGGCAGGAUGGCCAAUACAAACCAGGUAUUGCCCACCGCGAUCUGAGCAGUCAGAAUGUGCUCGUUCGGGAGGAUGGGUCGUGUGCCAUUGGAGACCUUGGCCUUGCCUUGGUGCUCCCUGGCCUCACCCAGCCUCCCACCUGGGCCCCUACUCAACCCCGAGGCCCAGCUGCCAUCAUGGAGGCUGGCACCCAGAGGUACAUGGCGCCGGAGCUCUUGGACAAGACUCUGGACCUACAGGACUGGGGCACGGCCCUCCGACAAGCCGAUGUUUACUCUCUGGCUCUGCUCCUAUGGGAGAUCCUGAGCCGCUGCCCAGAUUUGAGGCCUGACAGCAGACCACCACCUUUCCAACUGGCCUAUGAGGCAGAACUGGGUAGCACCCCCACCACCUGUGAGCUGUGGACCUUGGCCGUAGAGGAGAGAAGGCGCCCCUGUAUCCCAUCCACCUGGCACUCCUUCACCACAGACCCUGGCAGCCUGAGAGAGCUGCUAGAGGACUGUUGGGAUGCAGACCCCGAAGCACGGCUGACAGCUGAGUGUGUACAGCAGCGCCUGGCCGCCCUGGCCCAUCCUCAAGAGGCCCAGCCCUUCCCAGAGAGCUUCGCCCAUGGCUGCCCACCCCUCUGCCCAGAAGACUGUCUCUCAGCUCCCCCCACUGCCAUUCCCCCUUGUAGGCCUCAGCUGGAUGUCUGCUACUUCCUUGUUCCAGGAAUCCUCCUGUACCAUCUCUCACCUGUAAACGCGCAGUUAUGUAUAAUCUAUGUUCGUGCAAACAUAAAUCUGGUGGUCGGAUGCUCGGUGCUCCGCCUCACCACUGCCUGUCCUACCUGCUGAAUGCUUGGAUCCUUCUGCGCGCAUCCUGUACACUGCAGUCCCAACCAGGGAGAAGGGGUGGGUGAGAGAUAAAGUCAGCUUGAUUUCCACGUCCUUGGGCCUUCCCCGCUUCAUGUGAUCCGGGGCUCCUCCAGUCUCUCUUUUUCUCCUUCUCUAACACAGGCCUUCAUUUGGUGGGAUCGCAUGGUGGGCACUGGGGGAAGAUGACAUCACUGCUUGGCAAGUGCUCGGAGACUCACAGCUCACCUGAUUGGGGGCACUGCCUGGGGUACUGGGGGAGUGUCCUGUCUGAGGCUUGAGUGGGAAGGCCUCACAGAGCACAGGAAGCUCUUGGGUUUUCAACCAGCAGUUUUCCAGGCAUGGUGGGGGCAGGAGGCACAGGGUCUUGAGGGGCAGUAAGUACAAAGCAGCAAGGAGCCUGGGUAGCAGAAGUGUCGGGUGUGUGAAGGAGAGAGCAGAGACGUUCUGUGGAAAAUCGUAGGCAAGGCCUUGUGAACCCUACUGAGAAGUUCUUCCUUCAUUUCUUUUUGUGCCUUCUCUACUGGCUUUUCUUUCCCACCCCAGGCCCCUUUCAUACUGGGUGCCCCUCAGGGACAUUUCACACUGGGUCCCUGGUUUAUAGCUCUAGUUCAGUUUCUUUUCUUUCUUUCUUUCUUUUUUCUUUUUUAAGUGUUUUUAUUUUUUAUUUUUAUUUUUUUUAGUAAUCGCUAUACCCAAAGUGGGGCUUUACCUCCUGACCUCAAGAUUGAGGACCCCACCCCACCCAGUCCUAUGCUCCUCCAGUUGAGCUAGCAAGGCACCCCCACCCCAACCCACCCAGUUUAGUUUCUAACUGAGUGGUAUUGGGCAAGUUACAUUCUCUCUCUGGGCCCUCAGGUUUCUCAUUUGCUAAAUCAGGGGGAUGAGGCCUUCUGGUCUAACUCCAGGAGAACAAUGGGAAGGCUUUGACUUCACUACAACAGGAUUGAUUCCUGGUCAGUGAGCACCAAGCCCUGUGUCUUUGAGCAAGUUACCUACCCUAGGAAUCUGUUUUGUCAUGUAUAAAGUAUGGGUAAGAAUAUCUACGCUGCUUGCAGAGUUGAUUCAGGGUAAACAAGAAGGGGUGAUGGGUCUUGUGUAGCACCUGGCCUCAGUGGACACUCUGGACAUGGGAACAGUUGUGAAUGAACAUUGAGAUGCUCUCUUGUCCUUUUGUAUGUUGGUUGCUCCAGCAUUAGCAUUAAUAAAGUAGAGCCUGUCUACUUUCAA